ACGUGACGUGCAAAGACUGGCCAAUGGGAGCUCUGGGAAGUUUCAGUUUGAGUCAGUUCUCGGUCCGUUCGGUUGUGGCGGUCAGUUAGUGGUUCAUUGGAUUGAGGUUGCGCGGCGGGCUGGAGCUCCGUGUGUCAGUGAGGCGCAAGGUUUCUGGGUGCACGUAUAUACUAGCUGUCCGAUGCAAAUUCCUCAAUGGACGACUUAGAAAAAAAUGUUUUUUCUUCUGACAAAGAAGAAAUAGAAUACUGGCAACGUCUGGCUAUGGAAUACAGAAAAAGUUCGGAGGAUGCGCGAGAGUCGCUGCAAGAAUUUCAAGAGACCAGUCAGGAGUACGAGGCAGAACUUGAAGCUCAGCUCCAACAAGUGGAGACCAGGAACCGAGACCUUUUCUCUGAAAAUAACCGAUUGCGUGCGGAGCUAGAGUCCAUUAAGGAGAAAUAUGAGAAGCAGCAUUCAGCAAAUUACAUGCAAAUGUCCACUCUUGAAGGGGAGCUCACACAAACAAAAGCUUGCCUGGACCAGCUGCAGAAAUACAUCAGAGAACUGGAGCAAGCCAAUGAUGACCUGGAAAGAGCUAAGAGGGCUACCAUAAUGUCAUUGGAAGAUUUCGAGAAGCGCAUGAAUGAGGCCAUAGAGAAGAACGCAAUCCUUGAAAGUGAGCUGGAUGAGAAGGAAAAUCUUCAGGUGUCUGUGCAGAGGUUAAAGGAUGAAGCUCGGGAUUUGAGGCAGGAGCUGGCAGUGCAGGAGAAGCAAGAAAAACCCAAAUCCAGUGUAUGCGGCAGCCCUAAUUCGAGUAGAAUUGAUAGUACAGUCCAAACAUCAGCGCCAUCAACACCUUUGGCUCACAGAGGAACUCUUUCUAGUCUGGGAUCACCUAUGACAUGCAGAUCGAGUUUUGAUGCUGGGUACAGUGGCACACCACUUACACCGUCUGCACGGAUAUCUGCACUAAACAUAGUGGGGGAUCUUCUAAGAAAAGUGGGGGCCUUGGAGUCUAAGCUGGCAUCGUGCAGGAACUUUGUAUACGAGCAGUCCCCCAACAGACCGACCGCACCAUUAUCAGCUCGUGUAAACAAGGCGACAGAAUGCAGCGAGAACAGAAUGAGCAUGCCUGCUGUAUCUUCAGGGGAGAAAGGAUUAGUUAAACGUUUGGAGUUCGGAUCAUUGCCCCCAAGUGUGCCGGUACAGGGUAUGCACUCGCCUCAAGGUGUAGUCAAGAUGAUACUUUAGCAACUUCAGACUUCGGGACUCUAAACUUGCUUUUAACUGCUUUUUAACACCAACACUAGUCAAGAACAUGGACAUAUUACAAAGAAAUAGAAGGAGGUUUGCUUUUGCUAACAAGGUUUUUUGGGGGGGGGAGGGUAAGUGCUCAUUUCGCUCAUCACACAAGGUUUUAAAGGGCUCCUGUUAUUGUGUUUAAAACCUGCUGUGGCUUUCAAAAUGUUUUAUGUUACAAAUGCGGUGAUUGAGUAUUUUAACUACAACGCGAUUAAUGAUUGUGAUUCCACAAGAAUAUGUUCGUCCACAUUUGAAAUAGAUAUGUGGAUUCAAAUUACGGAGUAUAUGAGAUACAGUGACGUUUCUGGGUUUUAAGGUCCGCCCUGAAUGAUCUUAUGGAAGUUUGGGGUUGAUGUUAAGUAGAAUGCUGGCUUUUUUCAGAAUUGUGAAUAGUACAUUGCUGUGAAUUACUUGAAUUUAAGAAACAAGACAACAUCUGUACCUCCAGUAAGUGGUGUUCUAACCACUUUUGGUUCAAUUGAAGGUCCAGGGGUGAGUAAAAUACCAUUUUAUUCUUGGUAUUAAUACCUAGCUACAUUCAUUUGUUGUUGUUGGUGUCACUGUUAAUUGCUUUGAAUUUCUUUCCUGUAACAGUGGGAGUUUAAUUUCAAACAAAAGCAAAUUAUAAUGUGCACAGCAAGGGCAGCACCUCUUAUUUUACUGUUGCUUUAAUAGCAUCUAAAUAUAGAGUUUUGUUUUGGUAUGACACCAUUUUUCACUGUCCCAAUGAUGCAUAGGUGUGUAUGUGUGUGUGUAUGAGUAUCUAUGUAUGUGUGGAUGUAUGUAUGUGUGUUUAUAUAAAUAUGUCAAAAUUCUUUUAAUUUGGAAGAAGGAGUACUUAAAUGCUACUGGUCAUUACUUGGUACUUAAGUUGGAGAAACAUGAAUCUCAACAAUACUGAUAACUGUUUCAUCUAGUUUACCUGAUUCUUUUAUCCAUUGACAAAUAGUUACGAUGUAAUUGCAGCAAAACCAAACAAUGACACUUUUUCUUUCCGUCGAUUUCAAGAAGUCUUGGGUCUUUCUUUUCAAUAGUCUCUUUUCUUUUGGGAUUUAAUUAUUUUACAAAUGUUGUUUAAUAUACGUUGUGAAUACAAAAUCUGCUUAAUCCACUAAAUGGUAGAAUUCUAUUUCUCUACUGGUUGUUGUAAUUUAUAAUUUCUAACAAUAAAAUGUGUCUAAUUUCUAACAAUAAAA